AAGUAAGGAGGAAUUAUUACAGUCUGUUCAGCUCAGGAUGUUAAAGGCGAUAACCUCCACGGCCUGGUUAUUCAUUAGCAAAAAGGAAAGCUCGGGGGAGUACAGGGCCAGUGCAGCUGUUGGCUGGAAGCAGGGUGAGAGCCGCUGGAGCAGGCCAGGUCGGGAGCUUUUACCCGGAGUUAGUAUCAGUCUCUUACUAACUUUUUCUUGGGACGGAGGGAGCGGUGGCUGUCCUUUGUUCUCAGAUGGCUGCUUAAAUAAACCUCCCCCCCCCCAUUUAUUUUAUUUAUCUUUGGUGCCUAAGCAGUCAGGAAGAAGUACCUUCCCACUGGACCUCCUGUCCAGUCCCCGCUUGAUUUUGCCCCAGGGCAGCAGCUACAAACAGAAAGCCAGCUGUGAGUGUGUCUUGGCCAAGCCCAGAUCUGCCGGAGAGAGAUUCGAAGCGGGACUCUAGCCCCUCUGCACAGUAUGGUGAGUUGGAGCUGAUCUGGAAGUUGCUUGGUGGAGGAAGACCACUAGUGGAUCUGUACAGCCUGUGGGGAGAGGGACAUCCUCUCCCCUACUCCCAGCCAGGGCACCAUGGGCAGCGUCUGUGUGAGACUCUGGGCAUACAUUCAGCCUCUUCUCCCCUGCUGGUCCCAAGAGGCCGACAAGUCAGUGGUGAUUGAGAAUCCGGGGGCCUGCUGUCCCCCAGAGGCUCCGAGGUCACAGGAGCCGGAGCGAAGCCCUGGCCACUACUUUGUGGCUCUGUUUGAUUACCAAGCACGUACUGCAGAGGACCUGAGCUUCCGUGCAGGCGACAAACUCCAAGUCUUGGACACUUCGCAUGAGGGCUGGUGGUUGGCCAGACAUUUGGAGAAGAAAGGAGCCGGCUUGGGUCAGCAGCUGCAGGGCUACAUUCCUUCCAAUUACGUGGCAGAGGACCGGAGUCUCCAGGCAGAGCCGUGGUUCUUUGGAGCAAUCAAAAGAGCAGAUGCAGAAAAGCAGCUGCUGUACGCGGAAAACCAGACGGGCGCCUUUCUAAUCAGAGAGAGCGAAAGCCAGAAGGGAGACUUCUCCCUCUCAGUUUUAGAUGAAGGUGUCGUAAAGCACUACAGGAUCCGAAGGCUGGAUGGAGGCAGUUUUUUCCUUACCAGGAGGAAAGCCUUUUCAACUUUGAAUGAAUUUGUGAGUUACUACACCACAACAAGCGAUGGGCUGUGUGUCAAGUUGGAAAAGCCAUGCUUAAAGAUACAGGUCCCAACUCCUUUCGAUUUGUCUUAUAAAACUGUGGACCAGUGGGAGAUAGACCGCAACUCCAUACAGCUUCUGAAGCGACUGGGAUCUGGCCAGUUUGGAGAAGUUUGGGAAGGCCUGUGGAAUAAUACCACUCCUGUGGCUGUAAAAACAUUAAAACCAGGUUCGAUGGAUCCAAAUGACUUCCUGAGGGAGGCACAGAUAAUGAAGAGCCUGAGACAUCCAAAGCUUAUCCAGCUGUAUGCUGUUUGCACUUUAGAAGAUCCAAUUUAUAUUAUUACAGAGUUGAUGAGACAUGGAAGUCUGCAAGAAUAUCUCCAAAACGAUGGUGGGUCAAAAAUCCACCUGACUCAACAGGUAGACAUGGCGGCACAGGUGGCUUCUGGAAUGGCCUAUCUGGAGUCCCAGAACUACAUCCACAGGGAUCUGGCUGCAAGAAAUGUUCUUGUUGGUGAACAUAAUAUCUACAAAGUAGCAGAUUUUGGACUUGCAAGAGUUUUUAAGGUAGAGAAUGAAGACAUCUACGAAUCUAAACACGAAAUAAAGCUGCCAGUGAAGUGGACUGCUCCUGAGGCCAUUCGUACUAAUAAAUUCAGCAUUAAGUCCGAUGUGUGGUCUUUUGGAAUCCUUCUCUAUGAAAUCAUUACUUACGGCAAAAUGCCUUACAGUGGCAUGACAGGUGCUCAAGUAAUUCAGAUGUUGAGUCAAAACUACAGACUACCACAGCCAUCUAACUGUCCACAGCAAUUUUACAGCAUCAUGCUGGAGUGCUGGAAUGCAGAGCCUAAGCAAAGGCCCACAUUUGAGACCCUGCACUGGAAACUUGAAGACUACUUUGAGACGGACGCUUCAUAUUCAGAUACAAAUAAUUUCAUAAAAUGAACACCAAAAAGAAGAAAUACAACAAAGAUGUGAAGAAAAUCAGAAUCAUCAGUCCAUAAAUACAAUGUUAUAAACCAACUGUGAAAUCAGUUUCUUUUGACAUAUUCAGGUGGUAGGGUGAACUCAGCCAUGUAUUAUAUAUUAAAAAAGAUUAUCUGUGUAUUUUAUUGACUAGGGAACACUGCAGGACAGUCUAAGAUGUAUGUCAUUUUCUCACUGCCUGGUACAAUCAAACACACUAAAUGAAGUUAUUUUUUUCCUUUUAAGAACUACUCACAUUUCUAUUUAUUGUUGGAAAUGCCGAUCAAGAGAAUCAACAGAUGAUAGUUUCCAACUCAGUAACUGUUGUAGCAUUUUCCUGUUUACUGAUUAGAAUGGUUAUCAUUAUUCCUCAAAUCGCUGAAUCCCAUCAGGCUGUUAUUAUGAAGGAAUCUGAUUGCUCUGCAGCACAGCAGGACCUGUGCUUGGAGAUUUUUUCCCUCUCUUUUAAAAUAUCCUGUAACUACAAUGAUGGCAAAGCCAUGUUAAAUGACUUGAUUGUACUUGAAGUAAUUGCACAUAUUUUUCCUAUGCAUAAGAAAAUGAAGCAGCUGUUGAGAAAAAGAAUUAAAAUCUUUCUCAUUUUGUAGAAGGAAAUGAUGGUGUUUUUCUAUACCUCAGUAUGUGCCAUCAGAGAAUCGUCUGCAUUAGUUUUAAUCUCUUAAUGUCAGGAAUCAGGUUGCAAAGCUGAUGAAUUAUUAUGUUUGGGAAUAUAAGGGAACCACCAUAUUGCCCACCCGGUCUGAAAAAUAGAUAUUAACGUGGUUUAGGGGAGCUAGAGGAGAGUUGGAGAAUUGCUGCCACUUCUAAGUAACAAUAAAAAGUUCCUUUGGCACACAGGCCAGUUUUAAAUUGGCUACAAGACAGGCCAAGCCCUGCUUCAGCUCUUGAGUCUUGGGAUAAUGUCUGAACUUGGUUAUGAACUGUAGCAUUUGUCUGUUAAGACAGGAAGUUUUUUAGUAUCUUAUUUUUUUCUAACUUUGGUAAGAACUUCUCUGUUUGCUUAGGCAAUGAGUGUAUCAAACAUUCUGCCUUGUGAAUGGCUAACAAGACUUCUCCAAAGUGAUGUCAAAGUCAAGAUUUAUGUAUUUCAAGACCUUCUAAUGCACAGCACUGAAUGAACAUACCAAAAGGAAACAGGACAUAUCAUGUUUACCUUUCAUCCUUCUUUAAGAGAGAAGAGAUUAUCUAGAUGGUCACAAAAAUCUACUGGCAAUUUAAAAAAUGUCAAUUCUUUUAACUAGAAACUAGGGGGCAAGGCUCCAGGGACUAACCACUAGUGGUUUGGUGAUGUCAUUGUCCUAGGUCCUUUUGUGUUGCCCAUGGUAAAAAUCUUUACAAAAAGCAACUUAGAGGAGAAAGGGUUUAUUUUAUAUUUCAAUUCCAGAUCAGUCCAUCACUUCAGGAAGUCACAGUGUCAAGAGCUUGCAGCAGCUGGUUACAUCAUAUCCACAGUCUAAGAGGAGGGAGAAAUAAGUACAUGCCCGUGUGGCUUGCUUGCUUACCUGUGCUCAGGUCAAUUUCUAUACACUUAAAAAGUGUGGGGUCCUUUGCCUAGGGAAUAGCAUGUCACACAAUGAGCUGGAUCUUCCCAGAUCAAUUAACUUAAUUAAGACAAUUCUCUGCAGACAUGCCCACAAGCCAAUCCAAUAUAGGCAACCCAUCACUGGGUCUCUCUUUCCAGGUGAUUCUGGGUUGUGUCAAGCUGUCAAGUACAGCUAGCCAUCACACCACUUAAGACUCAAAUCCUUUCAGAUUUUCCAAUCUACCACAAGCAUUGACUGUGUUCCUGUGGUCACAGAUGGCCAUCAGUAGUAACUGAGACUCCUUCUCCUUUAACCAACAAGAGAAAAAUGGCUUCACACUUAGGCAUUAUCCUAAGCUUCCUAAAAAAAAAAAAUCUUAUCUUUUGAGGGGAAGCGGGUGGCAAACACAAGUCCUGUGCCCAAGUCUGGACAACAAACAGUACAGUGAAUGUGAGUGUUGUGUGUUGAUUGGCUUAGAAGAAAGUCUGCACUGCACAGCUGGGGGAUAUGAAUUUCUCCAAGACAAGCUGUUUAUUCAAAUAAAAUUAGAGAUUAGUUGAUGGAGAGGUGUCCAUUAACAAAACCAUUUAAGAUGAAUUAACUGUUGGAAUUAAUCUAUGUACAUGAAUGCAUCCAUUUAUCAUCUCAAGCAUUUCUGAAGAUUGCAGUCUGGAUCAUGUAGAGAUAAAAGCUAUAGAAGCACUCAGAGAAGUAAAAGUAUUAAUAUUUUAAUCCGAUAACAGAGCAUGGAGUUACUUCAAUUAUUUAAGUUUCUAGUCUAAUCUAACCAAGGAGAUGAUUUUCAACAACUAGUUGGUUAAAGUAAUAUAAUAAAAGGAUUCCCUUUUCUGAGUUAAUUCCUCCAGGGCAGAUUCUGCUUGGGGCAUAUGUAUAAACGAAUGGAAAUAUUCCCAUUUCAUUGUGCAAAUUCAAAUGCUAUGUACUUUUUUUGUGGUGGCUGAUAAUAAAUUUGUAGUAAGAUCUGGUUUUGAAACAUAAA